AUGGAUGAAAUAUCGAUGUCAAGUCAACGAAUUUUUCACAUUGUAAAUGCAAUACACCAUCGCUUAUCAAACAAUGAUUUCCCAUUCGGUGGCAUACAGCUCAUUCUCGUCGGCGAUUUCUGGCAACUGAAGCCAAUUCCUAGUCCCCUUGAUGCAGGAAGAUCAGUCUACACCUCGGAACUUUUUGAUAAAGUAUUCCCACAUCGUGUUGAGUUGAAGCGAGUGUUAAGGCAACGGGACGAAGAAGAGAAACUGAAGAAUGCCUUGGACAACAUAAGAGAAGGUCUAUGCAGUGACGAGGUGGAGGAAUAUUUCAAAUAUCUGGAAAGAGAGUUGAGCUCGAAUGAUGUUGUAGAGCCCAGCCAUAUCUAUUUCAAGAGACUACCUGUUGAAGUACAUAACUUAAAUGUUUUGGCAAGUCUGCCAGGAGAAUUAACAACGUUUGAAAGCAAGGACACUGGUAAUGGUCGAUUUUUAGAGAAAACCGUUGGUCAAGUUCUCGCGUUUAAACCAGGAUGCAGAGUGAUGCUAGUCUACAACAUCAACGACGUGUUGAAAAACGGUUAUCGGGGACAGUACGUUGGCGUAGAUCCGGACAACGAAGAACGUCUGCUUGUCAAUUUUCCAAAUGUUGGACAUGUAGCUGUUUCUCGUAGAACCUGGUAUAAGUAUGACAUCACUGGUAGAGUACAAGGCAGCCGUACACAGUUUCCCCUCUCACUUUGCUACGCGAUAACCGUACACAAAUCGCAAAGUUUGACCUUAGAUAGUGCAGUUAUACAUUGUUCGCCAGAGUUUGUCCCGGGACAAACUUAUGUUGCACUUUCGAGAGUAACUACAGAAGCCACUUUGCAAGUUCUUGGUUUUAGAAGAAGCUACCUGUUACCACCACCAUAUGAGCUAUUGAGCUUGGUGACUAAUCAGAUGGGAGAUGUAGACGCGAAUGUUGGCUGCUGCACUGCCAUGCACUUGGAGGAGAAUUGGUUCGAAUGUUAUGAGGAACGCGAAAAGGAAACUGACGAAAUGGACCACGACGUUGUGGUGAAUGAUGACUUUCCCUCUUCUGCUUCUCAGUUCUUCGAGUCAAAUGGUGGGGUCCCUGUGAAUCUCGAAGAUGUCCUACUCUGCAUGUCAGAUUUCAGCGAUGAACUAUCCCUACCUCCUUCAUCAUUCACCGUUAAGACCUUCCUAGAGAAUGUAAUGAAUGACAACAACGAAGAUUCCUACAGCGAAGCAGUCAAAUCCGCAGCAAAAUAUGGGGUUAAUAACUUAGAAAUUUUUGAAUUAUUAACUCUGAUAUUGUGGUGCAGGAUUUUCCAAUUGUUCGAGGAUUACUUUACCGAGAAUAUGGAAGAGAUGCAAAUGACGAACAAAGACUUCACUUGUGCCACAUCCAAACUGCAGCAUCUUUUCCUAUCGCAAGAAUAUCGCAGCGAUGUAAUCAGCGCAUUCAAUGUAACAAAUUGGUUAGAAAUUGAUGACGGGAAAAGAAGUGUGAGUGCUCUACUUGUCUUCCAUUUAUUCCAACUAUUUGGAGAGGAAUUAGGAAAACGUGUGCGAAAGGAAGAAGAAACGGUACCAAUCGACUUCAAUGUGCAUGAAAUGGGGCCAGAGGGGCGUGGAAAAGUGCGAUACAUCGGCGGAUGGGUCAUCAGCAAAGCAAUGCACAAAGCACGAAGCUACGUCGUCGAUAACAAAUUAUCAGAAUCGAUUACCGUACGCAUCAAGAUCAACGAAAGGAUGAAGAGAAUCGAGCUUUUGGAAAACAACGUAGUGAUCACUCACGAAGCAGUCCGCCAUUCAUCUGCCAAUCAGGAAACUCUUAACCUAACUGAGUCUCGACAAUACAGAGGGCGUGGACUCAUCCACAUCAAAGAUGAUGCGUUCAGAUUUUUUCUGGCGUUAGAACAAGAACGUAUCAACAAAAUAAAUGUGCAAAGAUUGUCAUGUCUGCAACAUGACCUGGUGGAUGAUUCAAUCGCAGAGGCGUUGAAGAAUACCACUCUGAAAACAGCGUUUACAGCGUUGUUUAAUAUUGAUGCUAAUAAAAACAAGGUAAAUCUGGUUUAUAAAUUAUGAAACUACCCGCUCAACGAGGGCCGAUUAGUAAAAUUCUCUCGUCGAGCGGACUUGAGUGAUUUGAUGACUAAUGCACUGAUAUGCAUAAUAUUAUUUUUAUAACGUCUCGUUUACUACUUUUCCUUUUAUUUCUUUUAACGGGUAUAUGUCCUAUCGUAACGUUUUGCAAUGUUAAAACAAAAAGACUGCAAACUCGUAAAAGGAAAAUAAACCAACCACGCGCUGCGAAAUCUAGAUUGCCUUGCCGUAUAGUAAAUAUAUUAAUCUUUUUUUGACAGGAUAUCAUUGUUGAAAUGUACAAUGAAGUCAUCGAAAGGUAUUUUAAAAUGGGUGCUGGGCAAUCUCUACGCGAUUUUCGCAGGGAUUUUCACGUGAAGAAAUCUCUCGCCCAUCGAAAGGAAGUGAUGGAGAAAAAGAAAAAGGCCGAAGAAAACCAGAUGAAAGUCCAUCUUCCAGAAAUCGAGCAGGAUCGCAGUGCAAGCAAGAAAGUCUCCCACGUACGCCUUCUGGCUCUUGUAAAUAAAUUGGGCGAAGGCGGAUUAAAACGCCUCUACAAGAAAAAUGAUUUACAUCAUUUAUGCGACGCGUACAACGUCCGUUGGGUUUCGAGAUGGAAUAAAGUGAAAUUGGCCUCGGAACUUGCUAUAUCAAUCCCUCUAUACGAUGCCAUCCCAUGUCAUCAAAUAACAUCAACGUAUGCCGUUAAUCUAGUUCAACAGAAUGCUGGUAGAGUUCCUGUGCUGAGGAUUCGUAGACUAUAA